AUGAAAAAUUGGAGAAACUAUGAAUCAAUUUAAUCUUCCAAAUUUAUAACCAGAGUAGAUAUGCAUAAAUUGAUAAACACAGUAAGAAGAUCUUAAGUAAUUUACUAUGUGAAAUGCAUGCAAUUUUCUGAAAAUUAAAGAGACAUAAUCAACAGUUAAUUUCUAGCUAAUCUUAUAAUUCAGGAUUAUUGAAAAAUGCUAUACCUUGGAUAUUGAAAAAUCUUUAUCUCUAAUCGUGAUUGGAUGUAUUAGUUUAUUAAAACAUAUACUUAAAUUUCAAUAGAAAAAAUUGAAAGUACAAAAAAUAGUAAAAGCUCACAAGUUAGUAAGUUGGAUAGUUGUAAUAAAAAAUUCAAUUUAAUUUAUAACAAAUGGAGAUUAAAUCAUGAAAAUCUAGUCUUUAUAAGGGAUAUAGCUGAGUCUAUUAUAAUCAUUAUGUGGUCAUUCCAGACCUGUAAGAUGUUUGCUUAUAAGUCGGUAUGAAGAUCUAAUUAUAUUUGGCAGAAAUGAUUAAACAAUUGCAUUUUGGAUUAGAAAUGGUAAUGCUUGCAAAUUUGAUUAAUAAAUACUAGAACACUCUAAUUUCAUAUGUGGAAUAAGUUUAAAGGAAUGAUAAAAUUAUUUGAUUUCUAGGGCUUGGGAAGAAUCAAUAAUAAAAAUAAGUCAAUAAUACCCUUGCAAGACUUGGGUUGUUAUAUAAAAAAUUGAAAUAGAUUUAUGGGGUUAAAGAAUAUGUUUUAUAAGUGAAUAGAUGUUUCAUUUUAAACUUUCAAUGGUUAGACUACGCAUCUGUAUCAAUUUGA